CCACUGGGUGCCGGGACAUCCGGACAGAGACCUCAUGAAUGGAAAUCGGAACAACAGGAGCCGUUGAAGCCGAAGCCCAAGCCCUGUUUUCACCGCCACGCCGCCCUGGCUAUGGCAGCAUUGGGAAGCCCAUCAAGCUUCUGGCCAACUGCUUCCAGGUGGAAAUCCCCAAAAUCGAUGUCUACCUGUAUGAGGUCGACAUCAAGCCCGAUAAAUGUCCUCGCAGAGUCAACAGGGAGGUGGUGGAUUCCAUGGUUCAGCAUUUCAAGGUGACUAUUUUCGGGGAUCAUCUGCCAGUUUAUGAUGGGAAGAAAAGCCUCUACACUGCCAACCCACUUCCUGUCGCCACUGCUGGGGUCGAUUUGGACGUCACUCUGCCAGGUGAAGGUGGGAAGGACCGGCCAUUUAAAGUCACCAUUAGAUUUGUGUCGUUAGUCAGCUGGCAUGUGCUGCAUGAAGUCUUGACUGGACACAGCGCACCCGAACCACUGGACCUUGAGAAACCCCUCAGCACUAACCCUGUUCACGCUGUGGAUGUCGUUCUUCGACACCUGCCAUCCAUGAAGUACACCCCUGUCGGGCGGUCCUUCUUCUCCUCCCCUGAGGGCUACGACCAUCCACUAGGUGGAGGAAGAGAGGUUUGGUUUGGUUUCCAUCAGUCAGUACGACCAGCCAUGUGGAAAAUGAUGCUCAACAUAGAUGUGUCGGCCACUGCCUUUUAUAAAGCCCAGCCAGUCAUCCAGUUCAUGUGUGAGGUCCUGGACAUUCACAACAUUGAUGAGCAACCCCGCCCGCUCACCGACUCCCACAGAGUCAAGUUCACCAAAGAGAUCAAAGGUCUUAAAGUGGAAGUGACACACUGUGGAACCAUGCGGAGGAAGUACAGGGUCUGCAAUGUGACACGACGCCCUGCCAGUCUCCAGACUUUUUUUCUCUCAUCAUAGAACGGUCAGACAGUCGAACGCACAGUGGCACAGUACUUCAGGGAGAAGUACAAUCUGCAGCUGAAGUAUCCCCACAUGCCUUGUCUGCAGGUGGGCCAGGAACAGAAACACACCUACCUGCCCCUGGAGGUGUGCAACAUUGUAGCGGGACAGCGUUGUAUUAAAAAACUAACGGAUAACCAGACAUCAACCAUGAUCAAAGCAACAGCGCGCUCUGCACCAGACAGACAGGAGGAGAUCAGUAGGCUGGUGCGGAGUGCGAAUUACGAGGCCGACCCGUUUGUCCAGGAGUUCCAGUUCCGAGUGCGUGAUGAAAUGGCUCAGGUGACGGGCCGUGUCCUGCCGGCCCCCAUGCUGCAGUAUGGCGGCAGGAACCGCACAGUGGCCACACCCAGCCACGGGGUGUGGGACAUGAGGGGGAAGCAGUUUCAUACCGGAGUGGAGAUAAAGAUGUGGGCCAUCGCCUGCUUUGCCACCCAGAGGCAGUGCCGAGAAGAGAUCCUCAAGAUAUUCACAGACCAGCUGCGGAAAAUUUCAAAGGAUGCUGGGAUGCCAAUCCAAGGCCAGCCUUGCUUCUGUAAAUAUGCCCAGGGAGCGGACAGUGUGGAGCCGAUGUUCAGACACCUGAAGAACACCUAUGCCGGGCUGCAGCUUAUCAUUGUAAUUCUGCCUGGCAAAACCCCUGUCUAUGCUGAGGUGAAGCGGGUGGGAGACACCCUCCUUGGUAUGGCCACCCAGUGUGUCCAGGUGAAGAAUGUGGUGAAGACAUCCCCUCAGACCCUCUCCAACCUCUGCCUCAAGAUCAAUGUCAAGCUGGGAGGCAUCAACAACAUCCUGGUUCCACACCAACGACCUUCUGUGUUCCAGCAGCCCGUCAUCUUCCUCGGGGCAGAUGUCACUCAUCCUCCAGCAGGAGAUGGGAAAAAGCCAUCUAUUGCAGCGGUGGUGGGCAGUAUGGAUGCCCACCCCAGCAGGUACUGUGCUACAGUGCGAGUACAGAAGCCCAGACAGGAGAUCAUCCAGGACUUAGCCUCUAUGGUGCGAGAACUCUUGAUCCAGUUCUACAAAUCAACCCGCUACAAGCCAACCAGAAUCAUCUUUUAUAGGGAUGGGGUGUCAGAGGGCCAGUUCAGACAGGUGCUGUACUAUGAGCUGCUGGCUAUCCGGGAGGCCUGCAUCAGUUUGGAGAAGGAAUAUCAGCCAGGGAUUACCUUCAUCGUCGUACAGAAACGCCAUCACACGCGCCUCUUCUGUGCAGAUCGCAACGAGCGGGGUACAAGUCGGCCUUCCCACUACCACGUCCUGUGGGAUGACAACUGUUUCACUGCUGAUGAGUUCCAGCUCCUCACCUACCAGCUGUGCCACACCUACGUCCGCUGCACGCGCUCCGUCUCCAUCCCAGCACCUGCUUACUAUGCCCACUUGGUGGCCUUUCGUGCCCGCUACCACCUGGUUGACAAAGAACAUGACAGGGCGAGGGGCAGCCACGUCUCAGGGCAGAGUAAUGGCAGGGAUCCCCAGGCCCUGGCCAAGGCUGUUCAGAUCCACCACGACACACUGAGGACCAUGUACUUUGCCUGAAAACCCCCCUUGACAUCCCUCCACCUUUCUCUGUCUCGCAGCCACUCUUAGUGUCCAACUGCUGUCAGCCAUGUCUCAACCCUGUACUGGUGCAAUUUUGGCAACUGGAACUCGACAGUGGCUGCGUAAGGAUGUAAUGAGGCAGAGAUGAUUUACAGUCACAUUAUGCAAUUUGAAACCAGCCAGUCGUUUUCUGUGCUCCUGCCCAUGUAUCUCUCUCCUCUGCUGUAUUUAAAUCGCCAAGUGAUGAUUUUUAUUUUAUUUUUUUUAGCUCACAAGUUGUGUCCUCGACUGAGAUCUGUAAGCAGCUCAGACUUUUAAUUUGCUGGGUAUUUUACGUGUUUAAAUAAUGGCAAAGCAGCCAGAAAUAUGAAAUAUGAAAAGUGAUGAAUACGUCUUGGUGCACAGGUGGACGCAAAGCAGAACUGGUGAGGACCUGGUGUGAGCCUGAUGUUGCAGGUUUUUUAUUGUAGGUGGUUUUACAUGUUUGUGUGUUUUCACCUUUUUAGAUAUUAUAUGUGGCGUUUUCUGCAGUGGCAGUCGCUGCCUUUGCAGUUACUCUCCCUUUAAGCCAGUGGUUCCUCACAGUCAUGCAGCCAGACAAUAAGAAACGUAACUGCACAGACACUGAAUGAAAUGAAACUUUUUUUAAACAAAGCCACGUACAACUGUUCUUUGAGGCAUUGUUUG